CCUCCGCGAAGGUCAUGUGAUUCCAAGAUGGCUGCCAGGCAGCAGCGGCGAACGCGGCCGUGAAGGGGAAGCGGCGGUUCCUCGCAGAGGAAGGCAGGCGAGAAGGGAGGGCUCCCGGGCCGGUCCUAGCGCUUGCCGGGUUCGGGACUGGGAGGGAGAGAAGGGAGGCCCAUUCCCCAGGAAGGGUAAAACCUCAACCAAGCAAGAGGGAAGGGGGGAAGCUGAGCCUUUCAUAGCCCCAUAGCCAGCAUCUCUCUCCCAUCGCUAGCCCCAUAUUAAGGAUCCUCUUGCCUCCAAAGCCCCAUAGACAGGGAUCUCUGGUCUCAGUAAUCCCCUUCCUUUCAUCACCCCAUAGCCUCCAUAGUCCCUGGCUUCACUCGCCCCAUAGCCUCCAUAAUCCCAGGCUUCAGUUGCCCCACAGCUAGGCUUUUCUGCUCUCACUAGCCCCAUUGCUCUGGAUCAUCUGUCUCAAUAACCCCUCUUGCCUCCCUAACCCCAUAGCCAAGGCCCCUCUUGCCUUAAUAGGCCCACAAAUAGGGACCCCUUUGCCCCAUAAAUCCCUUCUGCACCUCCAGCCCCACAUUAAGGACCCUAUUGCCUUGCUAACCCCAUAGCCAGGGAUCUCUGGCCUCAUAUCCCCAUAGCCAACCUCCAGCCCCACAUUAAGGACCCUAUUGCCUUGCUAACCCCAUAGCCAGGGAUCUCUGGCCUCAUAUCCCCAUAGCCAACACCCCUCUUGUUGUAAUAGCCCCACAAGUUGGGACCCCUUUGCCCCAUAUACUCCAUAGUUGGGGUCCCUUUUGCACCACUAGCCCCACAUUAAGGAUCCUCUUGCCUUGCUAACCUCAUAGCCAGGGAUCUCCGGCCACAUAUUGCCAUAGCCAAGGCCCCACAAGUUGGGACCCCUUUGCCCCAUAAAUCCCAAAGCCAGGGUCCCUCUUGCACCUCCAGCCCCACAUUAAGGACCCCAUUGCCUUGCUAACCCCGUAGCCAGGGAUCUCUGCGCUCAUAUCCCCAUAAUCAAGGCCCCUCUUGUUGUAAUAGCCCCACAAAUAGGGACCCUUUUGCCCCAUAAAUCCCUUUUGCACCACCAGCCCCACAUUAAGGCUCCUCUUGCCUUGCUAACCUCAUAGCCAGGGAUCUCUGGCCUCAUAUCCCCAUAGCCAAGGCCCCUCUUGUUGUAAUAGCCCCACAAGUAGAGACUACUUUGCCCCAUAAAUUCCAUAGCCGGGUCCUCGUUUGCACCUCCAGCCCCACAUUAAGGAUCCUCUUGCUUCACUAACACCAUAGCCAGGGAUCUCUGGCCUCAUAUUCCUAUAGCCCAGGCCCAUCUUGCCUUAAUAGACCCUCUUUGCUCCAUGACCUCAUAGCCAGGGGGACUCUCUUGCAUCUCUAGCCAAAUAGUUUGGGGCCCCUUGCCUCCAUAGCAAGGGAUCUCUGGCAUAUUCCCAUAGCAAGGUCCCUGUUGCCUCAAUAGCCACACAAUUAGGACCCUGUUGUUCUACUGGCCUCAAGAGCUCUACAGCAAGGUCUCAAUAGCCCCAUAACCAGAGACCCUGCUCCUUGACUCCCCAACUAGGGUGCUGUUGCCCUACUGGCCUCGCUAAACUCACAGCUUUUGACCCUUUAGUCUUGCUAGCUCUAUAGCUGGGGAUCCUUUUGCCUCUUUAGACUCCGCAGAGGGCUGGCUCCUUCAGUGGAGAGCAAAAGGACCCCUGAGUGAAAGGGGUUAAAAGAGGGUGAGUGCAAUAGGGUCCCCUAAGUGUGGAGGAAACUAGGAAAUAAGUAUGGUGGCUCCUGUCUUGUUGAUCAAAAGGGGCAUGAUUUAGGGUCCUUUAUGUAACAAUCCCACUAUCAGUCGAGGGAUGUUAAAGUCAGUGGGGAUGCAAAUAUAGGACUGAGAGGAUUCCUUUUGUUGGCAAUGGCUUCCCUUUUUGAGAGUGGCAAAGGGGAGAUAAUUUAGGAUCCCAAGGUAACAAUCCCUUCUUAGUUGAGGGAGGUUAAAGUGAGUGGGGAUUGACAAAUUGACAGAGGACCAGAAAGACUCACUCCUUUCAUUGUGCCUUCAGUCGAUGGAUUCCAAUUGAGGCGCCACUCUCCUUGCCUCUGGAAAUAUGAUCAGUGCACCAGACGUGGUGGCCUUCACCAAGGAGGAUGAGUACGAAGAGGAGGCCUACAGCAGUAGCGAGCCGGCUCUCCCUGAGGAGUACUCUGUGCCGCUCUUCCCCUUCGCCAGCCAGGGAGCCAACCCCUGGUCCAAGCUCUCAGGAGCCAAGUUCACCCGGGACUUCAUCCUCAUCUCCGAAUUCUCAGAGCAAGUGGGGCCCCAGCCGCUGCUCACCAUCCCGGAUGACGCCAAAGUCUCCGGCACCUUCGAUCUCAACUACUUUUCCCUCCGCAUCAUGUCGGUGGAUUACCAGGCCUCCUUCGUGGGCCACCCGCCAGGAUGUCCUUACCCCAAGCUGAACUUUGUGGAGGACUCGAAAGUGGUGCUGGGCGACUCCAAGGAAGGGGCCUUCGCCUACGUCCACCACCUGACCCUGUACGACCUUGAAGCCCGGGGUUUUGUCCGGCCAUUCUGCAUGGCCUACAUCUCCGCCGACGAGCACAAAAUCAUGCUGAUGUUCCAGGAGCUCUCUGCAGAGUUCUCCAAAGCUUCUGAAUGCCUGAAGACAGGCAACCGGAAAGCUUUUGCCAAUGAACUGGAAAAAAAGCUCAAGGACCUUGAUUACACCAGGACAGUUUUGCACAAAGAGACAGAGAUCCAGAAGAAAAACAACGAAAAAGGGUAUUACACCACGCAGGCCAUCGAGAAAGCCAACGAACUGGCCAGCGUCGAAAAAUCCAUAAUUGAGCAUCAGGAUCUUUUGAAGCAAAUCCGAUCCUAUCCCUACAGUAAGCUGAAAGAUUCUGACUUCCACCCUUAUGAGCCAGAGUGUGCAAAUGAGCCAGCCGAUGAAGAAUCAGAGCAACAAGGAUUUACUACCUCGAAACCUGACGAACCUAGAAAAACACACCUUUAUUCUCGGCGGUCUUCUUACACCCCGAAACUUAUCAAGGCCAAAUCGGCCAAAUGCUUUGACAAGAAGCUCAAAACCCUUCAGGAACUUUGUGAUGUGUAUUUUUUCACACAGACGCUGGAUCAGCUGCACCAGAUUGAGAAGACGUUCAGAGGCGACGUGUGCUACCUCUUGACCCACCAGAUCAGCAGAGCGCUUUUGAAGCAGCAGAGUAUCACCAACUUCCUUUUUGAAGAGAUAUUCCCUUUGGAUGAAAGAGAACCCGAAAGGCAAUUGAAUGGCUACCAGGGAGUCCAUCCCGACAACCCGGGUGAGAAAUCUUUGGACGUUUGCCCUCUCCUGAAACCCGUAAUCGGCUCAUACAAAUCCAGUGUUGAGUCUGUGCCCAUUAAGAUGGAUCCGAAGACCGAAGCUCCUCAAGAAACAGAAGCUGCCGAUCCUGUCGCUUGUGACGAUCAGGACAAUGUUGAAUAUCUUGAUGCCGAUCUCAAAGGGAGCAUCAGCAGUGGGGAAAGCAUUGAGGUUUUGGGGACAGAGAAGUCUGCCUUGGCUCAAGCCGAAAGCCAGGCCCAGUUGCCCCAAGCGAACGCGAGUCCUCAGCUGGCGAGGGACAAAGCAGUCAGUCGGAGGACCAUCAGUGAGGACAGCAUUGAGGUCCUUAGCACCUGCCCCUCGGAAGCCCUGAUCCCAGAUGACUUCAAAGCCAGCUACCCCAGCGCCAUUAAUGAGGAAACCUACGCCGACGAGGAAGAGGAAGGCCUUCACUUUGACCCUGAAGGGGUGGAAGGCAACCUCGAACUGGGGAACCAGCUUCCUGUGGACUCAGCUUGUUGCAUCGGGAAGGAGAGUCCCAACUUUCUCGAGCCGCCAAAUGGUUUGGCCCCGAAGCAUUGCGAGGAUGACGACGGUGUGGUCAGUAUCCCUCCCCAGCCCUUUCGGCAAGGUGAUUUGGGGUUCCAGGUGAACUUUACAGACUGCUCUUCACAUGACGGUGUCUUGGGGGGCCUCCUGGGCUACGAGCUUGACCCGCAUUACCACUCCAGCCACAGAGAAGUGAGUAAGAUGAGCCUGGAUAAAUGCUCCGACUCCACCAGCUACAUCAGCAGCACAGCAUCCACCAGCUCGGACAGGACGCCCUCUCCGUCUCCUCUUUGUGGCGGUGGAAGUCACUUCGGGGAGCGGCAGAAGAAGAAGGCUGGGCAGAACGCCCUGCGCUUCAUCCGGCAGUAUCCCUUCGCCCACCCGGCCAUCUAUUCUCUGCUGAGCGGCAGGACGCUGGUGGUGCUGGGGGAAGAGAAAGCCAUUGUGGAGAAACUGGUGACUGCCCUCUCCAUCUUCGUCCCCAACUGCGGGUCGUACGCCAAGCCUGUGAAGCACUGGGCUGUGUCUACCUUGAACAUCACUGAUUUCCAGAAGUGGAAACUGAUUGGAAUGCAAAGGUCAUCUUCCCCAGCCGGUGUCAGCAUGAUGCACUCCCUCAUCCGGUAUGGGCGGUACAUCAGCAUCCUGGACGCCGACAGCAAAACCCUUCGCUGCCCGCAGUACCGGGGGACCCUGAUCCCGCGCCUGGCCGACCACCGGACGCAGAUCAAGCGCGGGAGCACCUACUUCAUGCACGUCCAGACACUCCUGACACAGCUGAGCGCCAAGGCUUUCCUUUUCGCCUUCUGCCACCACCUGCACCUGCCGCUCAAAGAGGGCGAGACCGAGGCCUCCAUGGCUUCCCGGCGGCUAAACUUCCUGAAGAUGCACCUGGGCCUGGCCAACGAGGACAGCAAGGUGGUCCAAUAUCUCGCUGAGCUCCUGAAACUUCAGUUCGUUCAGGAUCCUGUCCGAGGGGUCAGUCCCGUGCUCAGGUUUGACUACGUGCCCAGCGCUUUGUACAAGAUUUAGCCUGACCUUCUCAUUCCUUCGCCAUCUCACAAUGCUGCUCUGCCAUCAUUUACAGGCCUCCAAGGUUUCCACGGUCCUUGCGGUAUGUUGUGCAGGGCCUGAGGGAGCAGCUCAGUCAGCCUCAUUAAAAUAAGACUUCCCGAUUCCUGGUCGGACCUCUUCGGAAAGAACUAAGGCUAUCUUAUUGCUGCUUCAAAGGGGAAUCAGAGGGUAGCGCCUUUUUGGAGUGGUGGGUGAUCAGAGGCUGUGUCUACACUGUAGACUGCAUGCAGUUGACCCUACUUUAACUCCCAUGGGUCAGUGCAUCAUGGGAGUCAUAGUUUGGCAGAGAAGGCUAAACAUCUUGCAAGGCAUCAACUGCCAGGUUUCCAAAGCAUUUAGGCAUGGCAGUUAAAGCGGUGUCAACAUUGCAUUAAUUCUACUGUGUAGAUGCACCCAAAGAGAGAGAAAGCCGCUUAGCACAUGGUCAGAGGCAUAAGCAGGGAAAGAUGAGGAGGGAGUGCAUUCUUGGAGGUGCACUCAUUGGAAAUACAGUAUUUUGGAGAAAAUGGAGUUCAAUUCUCUCCCUAAAGAUCUUGGCAGGUCAGCUCUCAGCCAUCCAAUCAUGGAAAGUUCAUCAUCUUCCUGUACCACAUUUGCUGGGGAUUGCAAUGGCUCCCUUUGCAGGAAGCCACAAAAGAAACCACAGGGUAAAUGAGGCCAGAGAGGAAGACAUUCCAGUGGGGCAUUUCUGGGUUCUCCUGGUCUCAAUCACAGCAGAGACAUUCUCCCUUUUUUCAGAGGUCCAGCAGUGUGACUGUCAACCAUUAGGAGUUGGCCACGACUGGCUCUCCGUUCCUAGAACCAUGUCUUUUCUGUAGCUCUGGAGAGAAAAGAAAACUAUGUCUUCUGUCAAAGGGAAAGGACGUGCUCUGGAGCCGUCUAUAGCAUCACCUUAGCAGUCAAGCUUCAUCAGGAACAGAAUUUGGCUAGAGUUAGACUCCCUCUGCUCCACACUGGAUUUUGUUUUGCCAUAACCAGCCUGAAGCCUGCAUUGAAUCAGUGAACGCCCACCCUGUGUCCUCAUUUGAACCCUAUGGCUUUCCAAGUGUUUUACUACCUCUAUAAUAACAUCACUGGGAGUUAAUGGUGGUUGCUGGCCAUCCAGUUUGGUAAGAAUAGGACUUUUAGGUCCCUAAAUCCUCCAAAACCCUAAGCUACGUUAUCAGCUUGGGUCCUUCUGUGGAGUUCUGCUUGAAUACUACAGAAAGGACCUUUCCGACAUCUUUGUGGCUGUGGGGAGAGAUAUACAUAAAUAAUCCGGCAGCAUAUCGCAACUGGAUAUCACUUUUAAGGAUCGAGCAAUGCCUUACUGGUUUUAUUUCCCUUUUUAAGAACUGUUCUGCUUCCUGUUACCGAGCGGCUGGCGACAGAGGGACACGUGUUUUACAAGAAUAACUGGAAAAAUAGGUGUUGUGUGUGUGUGUUUUGAAACCUCUUUUGGGCUCUGAAAUCGAAUGUAAAGUUCCUGGAAGCUUCAAAGGGUUUAAUGUUUGGCCCAUUCUGGGAAACUUGAUGCAAAUCUGCACUACUGUAUAUAAAUAAUGAAUAUAUAGGAGGCAGGGCAGGGAGGGAGAAAAAGUGUCCCGUUUGAAAGGGAGAUUGCCUUGUUAUGCUGCACUUUUUGAGUUCCUUCAGUAAAGAAAAAUAUAUAUUGUGUUGCUGGAAAAACACCCCACAAAAGACACCUUUUGCUGCUUUUUAUUGGGGGAAAAACGAACGUACCUCUUUGCCAUUUGGUUCUCCAUUUACAGAAAAAAACAAAACACAUUGUGUGUUUUUUAGACAAUUUGGCCAAUGGCUAACAUGUCAUAGUCCUAAUUGUCGCUUUGGAUGAACUUUCCAAGUUUUAUGGAGAUCGGUUGCAUCACUAUACGACUUCCUAUCCACAAACUUGGAUCAUAAAGCCAAGGCUUUAUUAUCCUUUUGAGUCAAAUGCCAUCUGCUGUUAAGACAUUAUGGGUAAAGUUGCUGUGUUUAUACUGGAAUAUAUAGAAUCCAGGUUGUCGAGCUUCCGUUCGGCUCCUUAAACUUGAAAUAGUCUCUUUUGUUUUUGGAUGUGGAAUCGAUAUUAUGGGAGACUUUGAGCCUCUCCAUCCCAAAAUGCUAUCUAGUGCUCCUCUGUCUUUUGCCUUUGAGCCAUAUUUCCCAUCUCCUGCAAUAGGAGUCCAGCCAGGAAAUGAC